AUGGCCCGCUAUUCCGCUUCACCUGCUGUUGAGACCAAGUGCGCCAGAGCUCGUGGUGCUUACUUGAGAACUCACUUUAAGAAUACUCGUGAAGUUGCCUUUACCAUUAAUGGCAUGAACCUAAAGAAGGCCUUUGCUUUCAUGGACAACGUCCUUGAUCACAAGCAAGCUGUUCCCUUCCGUCGCUUCAACGGAGGUGUUGGCCGUACUGCUCAAGGCAAGGAAUUCGGUGUCACUCAAGCUCGUUGGCCCCAAAAGUCUGUCAAGGUUAUCCUUGACCUUUUGAAGAAUGCCGAGGCUAACGCUGAGUCCAAGGGUUUGGAUAUGGACAAGUUGGCCAUCAAGCACAUUCAAGUCAACGCUGCCCCUAAGCAACACCGCCGUACCUACCGUGCUUAUGGUCGUGUCACUGCCUACUUGUCUCAUCCUUGCCACAUUGAAGUUAUUGUUGCUGAGGAAGAGGACGCUGUUCCUAAGGCUCAAGAUAAGGUUGCCCGUGUUUCUUUGAAGCAAGGUGCUAAGGCUCGCAACUUGGCUGCUCGUAAGGCUAUUACUGCUGCUUAA